GGCGGUGCGCCCGAGCUCCCGCUCCCUUGUCGCGAGACCGAGUAUGGGCGGGUGUUGAAAGCGGUUGAGAAGCUGUUCGAGGAUGGGAGCGGCGGGUGCAUCUGUGAGUUCCUUCUUGUUUCGUGCGGUGUGCGCCGGCUAAGAGCGAGACAGACAUUUCUGGAAGUCAAUCCAUUCUUGUAUAUCGAGAUCAACAGCCUGAACAUUCCUGAGCGUACGUUCUGA